AGGCAGCGGAACGCGGGAGCAGGGCGCGGGCCGGCGGGGGAAGGCGCAGCCGCCGCACCGCUCCCCCGGUCACCUUCGGCGGACGGCAGCCAUGGCGUUCCUGCCCGACGAGUCGCGGUCGCUGCCGCCGCCGCCGCUCCUCAACAGGGGCUCGGUGUGGCUCGGGUUCGCGGGGUGGCUGGCAGCGCUGCUGGACAACGCCUUUAACCGGCGCCCCGUCUUGCGAGCCGGUGUUCACCGGCAGAUCCUGUUCGCUACCGUGGGCUGCUUUGUUGGCUACCAGCUUGUGAAACGCACCGACUACGUGCAUGCCAAGGUGGACAGAGAGCUCUUUGAGUACAUCAGGCACCACCCGGCAGACUUCCCAGCAACAGAAAAGAAAAGAAUAGGGCAGCUCUUGGAGGAUUUCCACCCAAUUCGUUGAGAAUUUCUCCAGUGGUCACACAUCACAGGAUGAAUUCCUGCCAUCCUAAGAACUUCAGCAAGGUGGCUGCAACUCUUGAACCGUCCAUGGCUUAAAAGAUGAAACUUUACUCACUUUCAUGUAAUAAAAGCUUAGUUAAAUAGUUAGUGUUUAAUUAUUUGUUCUUCUGUUGCUUUAUGGUUUGUCAGUAUGCGGAUGACUGAUAUUUGUAAUAGAAUAACAACCUUGAUUAAUGUUUUUUUUAAGCUCUUUUAAUUGCAAGAGUGGAAGGUUGUUAACACAACAUGUGUUGUGUAAAACUCAGAGAGCAGUUCUGUAGGUUAAUCUUCUUUAUUUCUCAGUAGCAUUUCUCCUGACCCUUGAACAUGUUCAUGGCCAGCCCCUGCAGAUGCUGUACCCAAAGUCGCACUGUGAAAUUCAAUCUGAACAGCAAACAAAAUACAUUCUUACCCUAAUUAA